GGCUGAGCAGGCUGAGGCGAUGGAGGGCGACGGGGUGCCUUGGGGGAGCGAGCCGGUCUCGGGUCCCGGCCCGGGAGGCGGCGGAAUGAUCCGCGAGCUGUGCCGGGGCUUUGGCCGCUACCGCCGCUACCUGGGACGGCUGAGGCAGAACCUGCGCGAAACGCAGAAGUUCUUCCGCGACAUCAAGGGCUCCCACAACCACAGCUGUCCCUCCUCCCCCACGGAAGGCGGCGGGGCUGAGCGCGGCCCUGCCGGCGAUGUCGCCGAGAUCGGGCUGCAGGCGGGCCAGCUGAGCUGCAUUUCCUUCCCACCUAAGGAAGAGAAGUACCUCCAGCAGAUUGUGGACUGCCUCCCCUGCAUCUUGAUCCUCGGCCAGGACUGUAAUGUCAAGUGCCAGCUGUUGAACCUGCUCUUGGGGGUGCAGGUGCUUCCCACCACCAAGCUGGGCAGUGAGGAGAACUGUAAGCUUCGGCGCCUCCGCUUCACCUAUGGGACUCAGACUCGGGUCAGCCUGGCACUCCCUGGCCAGUAUGAACUAGUGCACACGCUGGUUGCUCACCAGGGCAACUGGGACACCAUCCCUGAGGAGGACCUGGAGGUCCAAGAGGACAGUGAGGAUGCUGCCCAUGUUUUAGCCGAACUGGAGGUGACGAUGCACCAUGCUCUCUUACAGGAAGUGAACAUUGUGGUAGCACCGUGCCAAGGCCUCCGGCCCACAGUGGAUGUUCUGGGUGACUUGGUGAAUGAUUUCUUGCCUGUGAUAACCUAUGCACUCCACAAAGAUGAACUCUCUGAAAGGGAUGAGCAAGAGCUUCAGGAAAUCCGAAAGUAUUUCUCCUUUCCCGUAUUCUUUUUCAAAGUGCCGAAGCUGGGCUCGGAGAUAAUCAGCUCCUCCACCAGAAGAAUGGAGAAUGAAAGAUCACCACUCCAUCGCCAACUAACUGACCUGGGCUAUCUGAGCAGCAGUCACUGUAACUGUGGGAACCCCAGCCAGGACACCAAAGCUCAGAGUGUGUUGGUGGAGCAAAGUGAGAAGCUGAGACACUUGAACACAUUUUCUCACCAGGUGCUACAGACUCACCUGGUGGACGCAGCCAAGGCCCUGAACCUGGUGCACUGCCGCUGCCUCGACAUCUUUAUUAACCAGGCCUUUGACAUGCAGCGGGACCUGCAGAUUACUCCCAAACGUCUAGAAUAUACACGAAAAAAGGAGAAUGAGUUGUACGAAUCACUGAUGAAUAUUGCCAACCGAAAGCAGGAGGAAAUGAAGGACAUGAUCGUUGAGACGCUUAACACCAUGAAGGAGGAACUUCUGGAUGACGCUGCCAACAUGGAGUUUAAAGAUGUCAUUGUCCCUGAGAAUGGAGAACCAGUGGGCACCAGAGAGAUCAAAUGCUGCAUCCGACAGAUCCAGGAACUCAUCAUCUCCCGGCUUAAUCAAGCAGUGGCUAACAAGCUGAUCAGCUCUGUGGAUUACCUACGUGAGAGCUUCGUCGGAACCCUGGAACGAUGUCUGCAGAGCCUGGAGAAGUCUCAGGAUGUCUCGGUUCACAUCACCAGUAAUUAUCUCAAACAGAUCUUAAAUGCUGCCUAUCAUGUUGAAGUCACAUUUCACUCAGGGUCCUCAGUUACAAGGAUGCUGUGGGAGCAAAUCAAACAGAUCAUCCAGCGCAUCACAUGGGUGAGCCCACCUGCCAUCACACUAGAGUGGAAGAGAAAGGUGGCCCAGGAAGCCAUCGAGAGCCUCAGUGCCUCCAAGUUGGCCAAGAGCAUUUGCAGCCAAUUCCGGACUCGGCUCAACAGUUCUCAUGAGGCCUUUGCAGCCUCCUUGCGGCAGCUGGAAGCUGGCCACUCAGGCCGGUUGGAGAAAACUGAAGAUCUAUGGCUGAAGGUUCGGAAAGAUCAUGCUCCCCGCUUGGCCCGCCUUUCGCUGGAAAGCCGUUCUUUACAGGAUGUCUUGCUGCAUCGUAAACCUAAACUGGGACAGGAACUGGGCCGGGGCCAGUAUGGUGUGGUGUACCUGUGUGACAACUGGGGGGGACACUUCCCUUGUGCCCUCAAGUCGGUUGUCCCUCCAGAUGAGAAGCACUGGAAUGACCUAGCUUUGGAGUUCCACUACAUGAGGUCUCUGCCGAAGCAUGAGCGAUUGGUGGAUCUGCACGGUUCCGUCAUCGACUACAACUAUGGUGGUGGCUCCAGCAUCGCUGUGCUGCUCAUUAUGGAGCGGCUGCACCGCGACCUCUACAGUGGGCUGAAGGCUGGGCUGACCCUGGAGACCCGUUUGCAGAUAGCACUAGAUGUGGUGGAAGGAAUCCGCUUCCUGCACAGCCAGGGACUUGUCCACCGUGAUAUCAAACUGAAAAAUGUGCUGUUGGACAAGCAGAACCGUGCCAAGAUCACUGACUUAGGAUUCUGCAAGCCAGAGGCCAUGAUGUCAGGCAGCAUUGUGGGGACACCAAUUCAUAUGGCCCCUGAACUUUUCACAGGGAAGUAUGAUAAUUCUGUGGAUGUCUACGCUUUUGGCAUUCUUUUCUGGUAUAUCUGCUCAGGCUCUGUCAAGCUCCCUGAGGCAUUUGAGAGGUGUGCCAGCAAAGACCAUCUCUGGAACAAUGUGCGGAGAGGGGCCCGUCCAGAACGCCUUCCUGUGUUUGAUGAGGAGUGCUGGCAGUUGAUGGAAGCCUGCUGGGAUGGUGACCCCUCUCAGAGACCUCUCUUGGGCAUUGUCCAGCCCAUGCUCCAGGGCAUCAUGGACCGGCUAUGCAAGUCACAUUCUGAGAGGCCAAACAGAGGACUCGAUGAUUCUACUUGAAAGCAGAGACUUUUCUCUUUCGCUCUUUAUUUCUUUCCUUCCCCUCACCUUUUGGCUAUGGGAAGAAUUUGACAUUCAUUACAGAGAGCUCCCAAGGGGACUGAUGCUUGCUGGGCAACUUAAGACCUUCCCAGGCAGAGAUGACUCCUGGAUAGGGAAGAGUUGGAUGGCUGUGAGCGUAUCCAGCAGUUCACUGAUGCCCAAGCAGUUUCUUUAGCCAAAAA